AACCCGCAGGGCGAGUCACCAGCCAUUAGCUUGAAUUUCCGCUACUGGCUCCGAGUUACCGGAAGGAGGAACUUUCUGUCUCGCUUGAGUUAUUCACAACAGGUUUUGAUUCGUACUAAAUUUCUUCUUUACCCACACAUAUGGCAUACCCAGGAUACGGUGGGUAUGGCAGUCCAAUGCCAGGCCAAGGAAUGCCUGGAGGACCAAUGGGGGUACCCAUACCCAAUAACAUGAGUGGACCAAUUGGAGGCCCGAUGGGAGGCGCACUUCCCCAGGCUGGUGGUUUCCCCCCUUAUGGAGGAGUCUAUCCGGCUUAUGGUACUGCAGGCCCUGCUGUCAAUGAUCCAGUGUGGGGUUACUUCACAGCCAUUGCUGGCCAGGAUGGCGAAGUGGAUGCAGUAGAGCUGCAGAGAUGUUUAACUCAAGCUGGAUUCACUGGAACCUACAGCCCAUUUAGCCUGGAGACAUGCAGAAUCAUGAUCGCGAUGCUCGAUAGGGACUUUACAGGUAAGAUGGGCUUUAAUGAGUUCAAGGAGCUUUUUGUGGCAUUGAACGGCUGGAAGCAGAACUUCACAAUGUUUGACCGGGACAGAAGUGGCACUGUUGAACCCCAUGAAAUGACCCAGGCAAUUAGCUCUAUGGGAUACCGCAUCAGUCCUCAGGCUCUGAACGCCAUCAUCAAGCGCUACAAUAAAGGUGGGCGCAUUUACUUUGACGACUACGUGGCCUGCUGUGUCAAGCUCCGUGCGCUCACAGAUCAUUUUAAAAGGAGAGAUAGAAUGCAGCAAGGUUCUGUACACUUCACCUAUGACGAUUUUAUCCUGUGCACAAUGGCGAUUUAAGCACUGCUGGUGGGCGGAGUAGCGAGGCCAAACUCCUUCGGUGAGCCGAUCAGGGAUUGCCGCUGGACCAAUGCCUGUCCAGCAAUACAAAUCGUGGCCAGUUAGCCUCCUGGUGGAAUUAAAGACAUAUCACCCUGUUGCCUGUAUAGCUUGCUAUAACCUUAACAAUGUAUUUGCUCAUGUAUAGGUGUACACAUCGUAGAAUGUGUGGAGCCAAGGGUUGGACAUUGAUUUGGUAUAUGAAAUAUCUAACAAAUGUUGUAGAAGAGAUUCUAUUUUGUUAAUCACACAGUUUUAUGAAACCUGUAUGCAUUGUGUUUAUUGUUUUUUUUUUUUUUUACAACUGUGCAUUUUUCAAGUGCACUUGUACAAUUUGUCAAAUUCCAUUAAAGAACAUAAACAUUCA